AUGUCGAAUCUUGGCAACAGUGACACCAAGCCCCCGUGUUUACCCCGGAAUGGACUUGUUAAACUCCCCACCCAGGCCAAUGGCCUCGGCUCCGCAAGCAUCACCAAAGGGACCCCGGCGAUGAAAAACCGCUUGUGUCAAUCUUCCGUGCCUGCAAUCAUCAGCCCAGCCUUAAUGAAUCACAGCGACCUACCCAUGCCUGGUCUAACUUCUCCGUUGUCUUUGGCUGCUCUGGCAGGGGGGCCUUCAGGAGCCACAGUGGUAGGACUUCCCUCUGAUGAGAUGUCCCCAACCAAUGGGGACAUCCCAUCCCUGGAAGACCUCUCUGGCUCUCCCACCAAAAGACAUCUCGCUGUGGAUGAAAAAAUCCUGAACCGAUUAUUUAUGUACUUUUCAGCCUGUGAGAAAUGUGUCCUGGCCCAGGUGUGCAAAGCCUGGAGGAGGGUCUUGUAUCAACCCAAAUUUUGGGUGGGUCUGACGCCGGUGCUGGACACCAAAGAGCUCUACAACGUCCUGCCCAGUGGAGAUAAGGAAUUUGUCAACCUUCAAGGUUUCGCAAUCCGGGGGUUUGAUGGUUUCUGCCUCGUUGGGGUCUCCGACUUGGACAUCUGUGAGUUCAUUGAUAACUACCCCCUCUCCAAGAAAGGGGUGAAAUCUAUGAGCCUUAAGAGAUCGACCAUCACGGAUGCAGGUCUUGAGGUAAUGCUGGAACAGAUGCAGGGUGUCAUGCGUCUGGAGCUGUCUGGAUGCAAUGAUUUCACGGAGGCAGGGCUCUGGUCAAGUCUGAAUGCCCGCAUCUGCUCUCUGAGCGUCAGCGACUGCAUCAAUGUGGCCGAUGAUGCCAUCGCUGCCAUCUCGCAGCUGUUGCCCAACUUGACCGAGCUGAAUCUCCAAGCCUAUCAUGUGACGGAUACAGCCCUGGCUUACUUCACUGCCAAGCAGGGUUACACGACCCACACUCUCCGCCUGAACUCCUGCUGGGAGAUCACCAACCAUGGAGUGGUGAACAUGGUGCACAGCCUGCCCAACUUGAGCGUGCUCAGCCUCUCUGGCUGCUCGAAGGUGACAGAUGAUGGUGUGGAGUUGGUAGCAGAGAACCUCCGCAAGCUUCGGAGUUUGGACCUGUCGUGGUGCCCUCGGAUCACGGACAUGGCUCUUGAGUACAUCGCCUGUGACCUCCACAAGUUGGAAGAGCUGGUGCUUGAUAGGUGUGUACGGAUAACAGACACUGGGCUCAGUUACUUGUCCACCAUGUCCUCCCUUAGGAACUUAUAUCUCCGCUGGUGCUGCCAGGUGCAAGAUUUUGGGCUGAAACAUCUGCUGGGAAUGAGAAGCUUACGCCUCUUGUCUCUUGCCGGCUGCCCUCUGCUGACCACCACGGGACUUUCAGGCCUAGCUCAGCUUCACGACCUAGAAGAACUGGAGCUGACCAAUUGCCCAGGUGCCACUCCUGAGCUUUUUAAAUACUUUUCCCAACACCUCCCUGGCUGCAUGGUGAUCGAGUAA